AUGGAGGAUGAGCCGAAAAAUGAAGUUUGGAAGAACGAGCAAAAUUACAAUUUUGAGAAGCGGAGCAAGCCCAGAAAAUACGAUUUAUUGAUAGUAGGCAAAAAGCAUUUGCCAGUGGAAAUUAAAGAUAAAUACUUCCUCUUUGUCGAGGCAUCCAACAAGACUGAAUCAGAAUUAUUAGAAUCUCUAAAAGAAAAACAUCAUCAAGCAGGCAAAGGAGAAACUACUGACCCAACUGUACACUGUCUAGCCGAAGGGAAAUUCAUCAUUGCUAAACAUGAAAAUCACACUCACUUCAUCUACCAAAUAAUUAAACCUUCCCAAUUAAAAGAGAUACAACAAGAAUUUAAUUUGCAAAAAGAAGAUGAUUACUUAAUUAAUGUUAAAAAUCCUCACUCCAAAACUCCACCAGGAAUAGGAUUGAGUGAAAAGCAAAAAACCAGUUACCCGUCAAGUCUGCAAGAAAAAUUUGCUAACUAUCACUUUAUUCCAUUAGAUCCGGCCGAUUACUUAGAUUAUCCAGGAACAGAAUUAUUAUUAAUUAAUAAAAGAAAAAAGGAUUUAAUUGAAAAAGAAGAAAAGUUGCAAAAUUGCCUCUCGGAGGUAAAAAAUGUUGAUCUAGCCAAAGACGGCGGGGUAGACUCAGCUGUAGCGGCUUAUCUCUUAAAAAAAAGAGGUUAUGAAGUAAUUGCUGUUUUUAUGCAAAACUGGGACGAUUAUUUAGGUGACCAAGCCGGUCUUACGCCAAAUCCUGAUAUUUUAUGUAACAGUGCGAUCAAGUUUAACUCUUUUGUUGAAUAUGUAAAAAAAACUUUCGCUACUGAUUUUAUUGCUACGGGGCACUAUGCUAAAAUUACCCAUGAAAAAGAAAAUUAUUAUCUAAGCAAACCUGAAGAUAGUACAGACUUGACUAAAAAAGAAGUGCGCCAAAUUGCAGAAGAAAUUGGCUUAGUUAACGCCAAAAAAAAAGACUCAACUGGCAUUUGUUUUAUUGGCGAACGCAAAUUUGAAACUUUUCUCGCUAAAUACUUUCCCAAAAAAGAAGGAAAGAUAAUAAACAUUAACAAUAAUAAAGCAGUGGGGAAGCAUUCAGGAACUCCUUAUUUUACCAUUGGUCAACGGAAAAAUUUAAGUUUAAAGGGACAAAAAUCUCCUCAUUACGUAGUAGCGAAAAAUGUUAAAGCAAACAUUAUUUACGUAGCUAUUGAAGAAAAAGAAUUAACCGCUUACCUCAAUAGUACUGAAUUAACAGCUAAAUUCCGUUACCGUCAACCGGAAGCGGAAGAAAUAAAAUAUUUUGCUACCAUUUAUCCCCAAAACAACAAAGGAUAUAAAGAAGUAAUGCAAAAAAUAUUUGCAUCUGACUCACCAAUUGAUCGAACUUUUCCACUUGAUUUUCUCCUUUCUUCACUAAACAAAGAGGAAAAAUAUCAAGAGACCCUUGAAAAAGAACUGAAAGUUAUUGAAAAGUUUAACUAUGUUGACUAUCUCUUGGUAUUUAGUGAUGCUGUCAAUCAUUUAAAAAAGAAAAACAUUAUUAUUGGACCCGGACGCGGUAGUGCAGUUUCUUCUUUAAUCACAUACUUACUCGGAAUAACCAACAUUGAUCCUUUGCAGCACAAUCUUUUCUUUGAACGAUUCUUAAACGAGAAAAGAAAAACUUUACCCGACAUUGAUUUAGAUGUUGAAGAACAAGAAGAAAUAUUCAACUACUUGCAACAAAAAUAUCCAAAAAAACAAGUAGCGCGCAUCCUUACUAAAAAAAAAAUUGGUUGGAAAAACGCCUGCAAAGAAGCUGCCAAAAUCUUUCGCAUUGGAGAAAUAAAACUUAAAGAAAUUUCUUCAUUAACCAUAAAAACUCCUGGCGCAAGCAAUUGA